AACAGUCAUGGAAGUAUAAGAGCUAACGAAACUGCAUGAACUGCCACUGUGCGUGACCAAAAUGUAUCAUUUUCUGGAAACGUAAAUGCUUUACGCUUUUGCAACUUAUGAUAUCUGGUGCUUCACUGUACAUUAUUAUUAAGAGGAGGGCUUUGUGGUCUUGCUGUGGCAAUGACCUCGGCUUUAGUAGCAUGCUAUGCUAUGUCGCCUCCAUCUAGUAAAGCUAGCGCUCUGAUCAGAUCUGCUGUCAGGAUACUGUCACGGCAAAACUGGGCUCAAGGAGGACUCUUGUGUCCAUGUAGAAAGAUUUCUGUGAAACCUGGAAGUAUAAAACCAAAAACUGUUCCACAAAGGUAUCUUGGUCAACCCAGCCCAUUCACACAUCCUCAUCUUAUCAAGAAUGGGGAAGUGACACCAGGCUUGAGCCAAUCUGAGUAUGAACUCCGCAGAUACAAACUGGCCUCACUUAUUGAGGCCCAAGCAGAGAGAAUGGGACCUUCUACCUCCUCCAGUCACCAUGUAGUUCUUGUGUUGUCUCAUCCAACUCGCUACAUGACAAAUGACAUCCCGUAUCCCUUCCAUCAAAACCAGGACUUUCUUUAUUUGACUGGCAUUUUAGAACCUGACAGUGCCUUGAUUCUCCAUGGAAGAGGAAGACCAGACCAGGCCAUUUUAUUUGUCCCACGUAGAGACCCAUCUAGGGAACUAUGGGAUGGCCCAAGGUCAGGAAGAGAUGGGGCAGCAACACUGACCGGCAUUGAGAGAGUUCAUUGCACUGAAGAACUGGGUGUUGUACUAAAGAGUCUUAAAGGCACUUUAAUGUGGUAUGAUAGUUCUCAGCCAGCCCACCCUAAGCUGCAUCAGACAUAUGUGUCUCCCUUAAUAGAGACAGGGUCUAUGCCACGCUCCCUCAGACCUCUUUUGCACUCUCUCAGAGCCCUUAAAAGUUCUGCAGAAGUGGCACUCAUGCAAGAAGCAGGUCGCAUCACAGCACAGGCAUUUAAAAGAACCAUGGCAUUGUCCAAAGGAGACAUAGAUGAAGCUCUACUUUUUGCUAAGUUUGAUUUUGAAAACAGAUUACAUGGUGCAAACUUCUUGGCUUACCCUCCUGUAGUGGCUGGAGGAAACAGAGCGAAUACCCUUCACUAUAUAAACAACAACCAGAUAAUCAAAGAUGGUGAAUUGGUUCUUCUUGAUGGUGGUUGUGAAUACUUUGGUUAUGUCAGCGACAUUACUCGGACAUGGCCUGUAAAUGGAAAAUUCAGCUCAGCACAGGCUGAAAUUUAUGAGGCGGUUCUUGAAGUGCAGCGAUCAUGUUUAACCCUGUGUUCCACGGGGAUCAGUCUGGAUCACAUCUACAGUACCAUGCUUGCACUAUUGGGACGACAGCUCAAGCGGUUGGGCAUCAUCAAGAGCAGUACAAGUGAGACUGAAGUUCUCAAGGCAGCACGUCGAUAUUGUCCACAUCAUGUUGGACAUUAUUUAGGAAUGGAUGUACAUGACACCCCUGAACUGUCUCGCUCCCAGCCUUUGCAGCCAGGGAUGGCUAUCACCAUUGAACCAGGUUUGUACAUCUGCGAGGACAAUGAUGAGGCCCCACAGCGCUUCCGAGGGUUGGGCAUAAGGAUUGAGGAUGAUGUUGUGAUUCAAAACAAUGGAGGCCCUCUCAUCUUGUCCUUAGAAGCACCAAAGACCAUUGCUGAGGUAGAGCACGCCUGUGCCCAGAGAUAGGACAAUGACAAGAUUAAGUGAACCAAAUGGUUAAUUAUCUGUUUAGUGCUGCUCUUAGCAUCAUGGAUGUUUUUGUGCAUGUACACUGCUAAUAGAAGGCAAGGCAAGGCAAGGCAAGUUUAUUUGUAUAGCACAAUUCGUACACAAAGUAAUUCAAAGUGCUUUACAGAAUAAGAAAUACAUUAAAAUCAUAAUAAAAACAAAUCAAAACAUAAAUAAUCAUGAAGAUUAAAAUUAAAAAAGAGAGAAGAGUGCAGAAUGAAUAGUAUAGAAUAGAAGUGGCACACACACUUGAUAUAAAACAAUGUAGUGCAAUGUAAUAAAUGGAAAGCUGAUUAAAAAGUACCAGACAAUUGUCUUAAAUUUAGGAGACAUUAAAGGUGGUCUGUGUACCUUUGUCUGUUCCCAUCGACAUGGGACAUUACAGCAUUUAACAGACUGAUUUAGGAUUUAUUUCACUGUGGGUGUUUUUAUUUCUCAAAAACACCUUGAACAUUCUUACUGGCCUGGUGCCUCUACCCGCUUGUCUCCAUGGAGAUGGACAAGUGUAAUGCCAGGCAAAGCAAUUACUACUCAAGGAGGUUGGGGAGACUCUACCAGUAAAGUUACAUAGUGUACCUUUAAGAGAUUAUGUAGCCCUUGUUUCUGUGUGUACCAUGACGGUAUAGUUUGAGUGUAUAUAUAAUAAAAUCUAUAUUUUAUUAAGAUGGCAA